CCCUCCGAUUCGCCUGCUACCCAUAUCAAUACUAAUACUGAUAGGCAGUAGUAGAUAACGACACCGAUGUUUCGUCCUCCCGUUCCGUUUCUUCUUCCUGUGCGUGGUCGUCAUCUCCCCCCUUCUCUCUCUUCCUGAUGUUGAUGUGGGAUCGAUUCCGUUAUCAUUGUAAAUAAAAGACAGAGGGCGGAGCAGCAGCAGCGCAAGCAGAACACGCUUCGCCUCUCGCCGCGCCCCCGGUCAACUCGAUUCGUUCUGCUUCUUUCCCACCUCUCCAAACCCUAGAUUUUUCUCUAUCCUGCCAGGUGAACUUCUUCUAGUUUCCCAAAUAAGCUUGGGAACCUCUCCUCUGUCUGUUCUCCCGCACCUUCUUCCCUCUGUUUUGAGAUGCUCCAAGGAGGACCCGCACUCUCCUCUGUUUUGAUAUUCAACUCAUUCAAGAACCAUCCGCGUUUUCAUUUUUCCCAUCCUUUUCUUUUCUUUUCUUUUCUUUGCUUUAUUGUUGUUGUUGUUGUUGAUGAUGAUGAUGAUGUUGUAUCUGCGGAUCAAACUAUAAAGUGAUUGUCUUAACAUUUAUUAGAAUUCAAGGAUGUUUUGAGAUCAAUCUAAUUCUAUUACUCUUUAGAUUAAAGUAUGUUUUUUGAAAAUAAAUUAGAGUAUCUGAUGCCCCGUCCUUAAGAUAUUGUCCUUUACUUUGAUGAUAUGAGCCAAAGUUGCACGAAUUUAAUCAAGUUUUUGUGUUAUGCUUCAUGUUCUGUCCAAAUUUUUCUUAGAAAAAGGGGAAAAAAUCUGCUUAUAUGUCAAUUUUCUGAUUCAAAUUAUUUCUGUCCAACUUUUUUCUUCGAAAAAGGGAAAAAAAUCUGCUUAUAUGUCAAUUUUCUGAUUCAAAUUCUCGACAUGCUGGGGCUGAUGGAUUUGAUUGGAUUUUCGCGUCAGUUUGGAGAUCAUCUUGCAAGUCUGAAGUGUCGCGCUGCAUACUGAAGCAGAUACAGUUUAGUGGAGAUAUUUUUGAGGGAUAGGAGGGCAGCACAUCUCGAUAUUCCUAUGAUGCUUGUCAAUUGAGGAAUGGGAACUGUGAAGGUUACCUCUAGGGAUAUAGGUGUUGCAACCAAUCUCUCCAUAUCUUACCCCUGGGUUCAUUCGUUAAACAGAAGACCUCCCUUCUCUUGUCAGGCUCAUUUUAAGUGUAAGAAAUUGUGUCUUUCAGUAAAUGAAAUCAGAAACUUUCUAUUGAACAAAAAGCUGCCCUCAGCCAAUACAGAUCGAGAAGCCCUCCAUUCUUACUUCCAGAAACUAUGAGAGGGUCUGAAAGAAAUUCCAAGUCUUCCAGUGACCUUAAUGUCAGCUUUGGUUAUCAGUGCAAUGCCUGCCAAUAUGCUUCUGCGGAAGUCAACUAUGAAUCUGAGCAUUCUACAACAAUUCAAAUUCAAGAUUCCAAAACCAAAUCCCGGAGCAGUUCGUUUUCUUGUUUGUCUGGUGCUGCUCUUAGUGCGAAUGCCACAUUGGCAAAUACAAAUAUAUGUAAUGGCCUUAUUGGAGAGGAAAUAUUGCCUGGAUUGGAUUCACCAACAUCGUUCAGAAGGAUGGCAUCUUCGCCUUCUAUUUCAAGGUUGGACCUGUUGUCAUCAUCUUCACAAAGUAGCGUGUCCACAUUAACUGGCAUUGCAUCAACUGACAGCGAUGUGCUCGAGAGUAGUAGAAACUUUUGGAACUCCAUGAGUUCUCCUGCUGCGGUUGAAUCUUCAAGUUUUCUUAAUGCUGUGGACAUACAAACAGCUGGCGGUGCAGCAGGUGAAGAUCGUGUUCAAGCUGUUUGUUCUGAAGAAAAUGGAUGGCUUUUUUGUGGAGUGUAUGAUGGAUUUAAUGGAAGAGAUGCUGCUGAUUUUCUGGCUGGAACUUUGUAUGAAAAUAUAAGGUUUUAUCUAUAUUUGCUAGAAUCUCAAAUUAAGCAACAAAGAGAAUCCAGUGGUUUAUAUGAAAAAAAGCAUCUGCAGUGUUCGUCAAGUCAUAAGGCCAUGAAGAGUGAGCUGUCUUUGGCUAUAAAGACCUCAUAUAUUGAAAAGAGGUCAGGCUUAUCCACUAAUUUUUCAUAUGAAGAUUUCUCAAGCGAAGCUUUCCGUCUUGGUGUAUUGGAUUGUCUUGUUCGUGCUCUUGCUCAAGCUGAGAGUGAUUUCAUUUAUAUGGUCGAACAAGAAAUGGAAGAUCGGCCUGAUUUAGUUUCUGUUGGAUCUUCUGUACUAGUUGUGCUUCUUCAUGGGAUGGAUUUAUAUGUUCUAAAUUUAGGAGACAGCAGAGCAGUGCUAGCUACUACUAAUUCGUCUGGAAAUGGAACAUUAGAAGCCAUUCAACUAACAGAGAUUCACACAAUUGAUAAUGACGCAGAGUAUAAGAAGGUUUUGGCCGAUCAUCCUGAUGAUCCUUCACCUAUCAUUGGUGGGAAAGUAAAAGGAAGGCUAAAGCUAACUCGUGCAUUGGGUGUCGGCUACUUGAAAAAGGGUAAAUUGAAUGAUGCAUUGAUGGGCAUUCUUCGAGUUCGUAAUUUAUGUAGUCCUCCAUAUGUUUACACUCAUCCAUUCACUUUCAGCCAUACAGUGUCAGAGAAUGACUUAUUUGUCAUAUUGGGAAGUGAUGGACUAUUUGAUUUUUUCACUAAUGAUGAAGUUGUGAAUAUGGUUCACUGGUUUAUCCAAGACAAUGCAUCUGGUGAUCCUGCAAAAUAUUUAAUUGAACAGCUUGUGCUUAAAGCGGCAAAAUGUGCAGGUUUUACCACUGAAGAAUUGAUGAGUGUUCCUGCUGGAAGGAGAAGAAGAUAUCAUGAUGAUGUGACAGUCAUUGUGAUCAUUCUUGGAAAUAAACAACGAACUUCAACAGCGUCAACAUUAUUGUAGGUGUAUACCAUCCAUUUAUUUGGAGAUCAUUACCAAAACAUCUGAAGGACUCCAAAUAAAUGUUUUGCUUGUCUCAGUAACUGUGGUUGAUGUAAUAAAAUACUGUGUAAAUUUUAGACAAUGAUGCCCAAAUAUGUUUUCCAAUCAAGCUAUAGAUAGUUUUUGUGUAGGGCAAUUUAUUUUAUUCAAUAUGAACUCAUUUUCUUAUAAAUUUCCUGCAAACCGGUUAAAGAGUUUUUUAGAGCUUGCUCGAAUGAAUGAUUGGUCAUAUAUAAAUGUUACUUUUAUCGACU